CCGGGGCUCCCACCGCCCCCGAGGUGCGCGGGCCCCUCCAGGCCGGUGUGCAAGGGUCACCCCGCCUCCCGGCGCGACCCCGGCCCGUAGCUCCGGGUCGCCGGCGACCGCUGAUCCCGCCUGGCACCCCGGGAGAAGGAAGAAAUAAAGAGCCCGGGUUCCUGCGGAGGACUGUUGGCGCUUCAUCCCGCACCCGGUCUUCCCGGCUCCUCCCGGACAUGGGGAGCUGCGCGCGGCUACUGCUGCUCUGGGGCUGCUCCGCGGUGGCCGCAGGGCUGAGUGGAGUAGCUGGAAUGAGUUCCCGCUGUGAGAAAGCCUGUAACCCUCAGAUGGGAAAUUUGGCUCUAGGGAGAAAACUCGGGGCAGACACCACCUGUGGUCAGAACGCCACUGAACUGUACUGCUUCUAUAGCGAGAACACUGAUCUGACUUGUCGGCAGCCCAAAUGUGACAAAUGCAACGCUGCUCAGCCUCACCUGGCUCACCUGCCAGCUGCCAUGGCAGACUCGUCCUUCAAGUUUCCUCGCACGUGGUGGCAGUCUGCUGAGGAUGUGCACAGAGAAAAGAUCCAGUUAGACCUGGAAGCCGAAUUCUACUUCACUCAUCUAAUUAUGGUGUUCAAGUCCCCCAGGCCGGCAGCCAUGGUGCUGGACCGGUCCCAGGACUUUGGGAAGACAUGGAAGCCUUACAAGUACUUUGCAACUAACUGCUCGGCUACUUUUGGCCUGGAAGAUGAUGUUGUCAAGAAGGGAGCUAUUUGCACUUCUAGAUACUCCAGUCCCUUCCCGUGCACUGGAGGAGAGGUUAUUUUCAGAGCUUUGUCACCACCAUAUGAUAUGGAGAACCCUUACAGUGCCAAAGCUCAGGAGCAGCUGAAGAUCACCAACCUUCGUGUGCAGCUGCUAAAACAACAGUUUUGUCCCUGUCAGAGAAAUGACCUGAAUGCAAAGCCUCAACAUUUUACACACUACGCGAUCUAUGAUUUCAUCGUCAAGGGCAGCUGCUUCUGUAAUGGCCAUGCUGAUCAAUGUGUACCUGUUGAUGGCUUCAGACCUGUCAAGGCCCCAGGAGUAUUCCACGUGAUCCAUGGGAAGUGUAUGUGUAAACACAACACAGCAGGCACCCACUGCCAACAUUGUGCACCAUUGUACAAUGACCGCCCCUGGGAGGCAGCUGAUGGCAAAACAGGAUCUCCUAAAGAGUGCAGAACCUGCAAGUGCAAUGGACAUGCUGAUGCCUGUCACUUUGACAUUAAUGUGUGGGAGGCAUCAGGGAAUCGCAGUGGUGGUGUCUGCAAUGACUGUCAGCACAACACGGAAGGCCAGCAUUGCCAGCGAUGUAAGCCAGGCUUCUACCGGGUCCGGAGACCCUUCUCUGCUCCAGAUGCUUGCAAAUUGUGUUCCUGCCAUCCAGUUGGAUCAGCCGUCCUUCCUUUCAGCUCAGUGACCUUCUGUGACCCCAGUAAUGGUGACUGCCCUUGCAAGCCCGGGGUGGCAGGGCCACACUGUGACAGGUGUAUGGUGGGAUACUGGGGCUUCGGAGACUACGGCUGCAGGCCCUGUGACUGUGCAGGGAACUGCGACCCUCUCACAGGAGACUGCAUCAGCAGCAGCACAGACAUAGACUGGUAUCAUGAAAUUCCUGAUUUCCAUUCCACUAAUAAUAAGAGUGAAUCAACCUGGGAGUGGGAGGAUGAGCAAGGAUUUUCUGCACUUCGACAUUCAGGUAAAUGUGAAUGUAAGGAACAGGUUUUAGGAAACUCCAAGGCAUUCUGUGGAAUGAAAUAUUCAUAUGUGCUAAAAAUAAAGAUUUUAUCAGCUCAUGAUAAAGGAUCUCAUGCUGAGGUCAGUGUGAAGAUUAAAAAAGUCUUAAAAUCUACCAAAUUGAAAAUUUUACGAGGAAAGCGAACAUUAUAUCCAGAAUCAUGGACUAACAGAGGCUGUACUUGUCCAAUCCUCAAUCCUGGUUUGGAGUACCUUGUAGCAGGACAUGAGGAUGUAAGAACAGGCAAACUAAUUGUGAAUAUGAAAAGUUUUGUCCAGCGCUGGAAACCAUCUCUUGGAAGAAAAGUCAUGGAUAUUUUAAAAAGAGAGUGCAAGUAGCAAUAAAGGUGUAUGGCACAUAAUGGCACUUCUCUAUGGAUAAAACACAAGCUUAAUGGAAAGGAGAACUCAAUAAUGAAACUGGAAUAUUUUUAAGUGCCAAAAUGUAUAGAAAUGUUCCAAUGCAUGGGCCUUGUCUAUUUCUUUUGGGUCCAUGUUUAAAUACACUUUGUUUCAUAAAGAGAAAUGAAAAAAAAAUCUAUGCUGAUAACUGUUUUCUAUAGAAUUUAUUCUAAAAUUCAUAGCUAUUAAGAAUAUUUUAAUAGCAGUAUGAUAUUUAACAAUAAUCCAUUAAGGGCAAUACAUAUAACAUGGACUUCUCCCAGCUUCAGAUAUGUUACUUACAUUUGUGCUACUUAAAGUAAUUAAUAAGAUUUUAAGGAAUCCCAACCCUUCUAUCAGAAAAGGUGUCUCUUAAAAAGAGCCUUCUUGUGUGAUGAGUGUGAACUUUGGCCUGUGGCAUGUUAAGAGGAACCUCUCCACAUUUAUAUAGUAUUUCUCUGUAUAAAGCACUUUACUACCUAUCACUUGUGUUGUGUGAGUUGGGAGACGCUGUUGACAGCAAAAAAAGAAAAGGGCGUGUGUAAGAAAGCCUACUGAAACAGAAGCACUGCCACUAAAUGUGGACAAACAUGACCAGAUAAAGGAAGUUGUACUUUUUGACUCUGAAUACUUGGAGAAAAUAUGUGAAGAUGCAACCUUAAAGGCGAAUAUGUUUGCAUGAAGUCUCAGCUUCAGGCUAGAGAUUAGAUUCCGGAGAUAUCAGCCAUGAUGAAACAUUUUUAUAAACAAAAAGAGACUUUAAAAUAAGAGAAAGAAAUCAUAAGUAUAAAAAUAUGCUUUGGUAAAGAGGAAAUGGACUUUAAAUUUUAAAGAGCUCAUUUAUUUGCAAUGCACUGUAUACACUUCAAAAAUUCUUGUAGACACAGAAUUUGUUUUAUUUUUGUGUUUUAGUAUUUAAACGUGAAUAUUGAAACAGUUUCCUCCUUUUCUUUAUUAACAGUAUAUGGUCAUUUGUAUUUACUCAUUUUUUUGACACAAUGUAUGUGAUAGUUCACAAAAUUACAGCUUUUCAUUAUUAUUCAUCUUCUUGUACCCAUGUAUAAUCACUCUACAUAUAAUUUCUUCUGUAUUUGAAUAUACAAAACAUGAAACACAGUACCAUAACAUUAAUUUCACAUACAGAACAUAUAUUUUUCCUGAGGUCCUGUGGACUUGCAAAAUAUAUAUGUAUAUAUAUUGCUUUGUUAAUUUUUAAUAUGUAAUAAAGAAAUAUUAUCUCCUGA